CAGCUGCCGUUUCCAAGGUUUUUCGCUAUUCCGAAGUGUUUGGUCGCGGCAGUGCGUUUCUCGCAAGCGCGAAUGCAGGAGACCCGAAAUACGCUUCUGGGUUAGAACUAGGACUCCUGAAAUACUAUCGCGAUGAGUCAGCGAUCGAUGCUUUCCUGGCGUGUGUGGAAGACGAAAAUCAGAUAGAAGAAGAUUCGGCCAGUUGCAGUAGUAGUGCUUCCGCGGGUCAUAGACAUAGUCAACAUGAGCAUGGGGAACAAGAGGGCAAGAGGGGAGAUUCCAAAAACAGCGCUGGAGGUUCGAAAAGUAGAAAGAAUGGGUCGAAAAAGCGUUCUGCUAUCUUCACAGCUCACAGAGACCGAGAACCCCAAGAAGACCUGGUCGUGAUUCCCAAGUUCGAGAAAGCGUUGCUUAAAAACAUUACGAGUGUCUACCGAGUACCACACUUACCGGACGAAGUCGUUUUAGUCCCUAGUAAACAGUGGAUGUGGGAAGGCAAGCAUAGAAUGUCUGCUAGUUCACCAGCUGAUGUUACUGCAGCUAGUAGUUCAGCACAAUCUGCAUCUGGAUCGGCGUCUGGCUCGUCAUCUGCGUGUCGAUCGAGUGAAAUACUUGGUGCAGAAAUACGGUCUAGUGAAAUACUUGGCGCAGGAGAUUCAAGAUCAGCUUCUGCUCCAUCGUCUUCAAAAAUAGGUCAACACGAAGAGGAUCACGGACGUGAGGAGGUCUCUCUGCUAGGCGCAUCCUCUUCGUCUUACGGUGCAUCCUCACCUAUGGAAGAUGCAGCUUCUUCUGGUGUCGACAGGGACAUCGAGAGCUCUGCCAUAGAGGACUGCUCUAUAGGGACACCUAGCGAUACGAUUCUAGGUGCUGACGGGUCGUCCUAUCCGUCCUCGUCGUUCUCCAGUAAAAAGAGAAAUAAUGCUGGUACAUCAAAAUCUGCGUCUGCGUCUUCCGCCUCCGCGUCUGCAGAAGCUAGUGGUGUUAGUAGGAGUAGAUCUGCCAUGUGUGAAUCCUUUAUCGCAGCCACGCCUUUGUCGAGGACUGGUGAGGAGGAAGAGAGUUCUAGAAAGAUGUUGAGAGGCCUUAAUGGAGAAGGAGGAAGUGCGACUGAUGAGCACAGUAGAAGUGGUAGUGGCAGUAAAGGAGCAAGUCGUGUAUUAAGCGAUGCAUCACAAUCAGAACAUCAAGGAGGUCGUCAAGGGAAUAGAAGUGCAUCUUCUUCUUCACGUCCUAGUUCACGCCACGGAUGCACUAAGAACCUAAGAAGCUGUUCCAGACCUAGUUCCGCUUGCCCUUCUAGCAAAAGGCGUCGCAACUAUGAGAAUUCGAGGUCUUCUUCCGCUAGUUUCCUGUCUGACUUGGUGAAAGGCGUCGCGGAUGGGCUUGAUGGGGAGAAGCAUUCGGGUCUUUCAGGUUCUACCUCUUCCAAUAGUUCUUCGUCGGCAAGAACAUCCGUAUCUUCAAAUAGACCUCGACGUGUUGAAAACGUCGAACGGUCUAGUCAAAAGAUCGAUUAUC